CGUAGAUGAAAUUGAUAUGAUUUAUAUUUUUCUCUUCUCUGCAGUCACUCGUACUUGAUCCCCUAUAAGCAUGGAUGACCGCUCGCAUCUGUAUAUCGGCACUGCCUUCGUCGCUGGUGUCCUUCUCACGCUGGGGUUUAAAGAUCUUGUCUACCCGGAAUUAGAGCGCCGCGUCAAAGACUACUACUACUACCAGGCAAGCUCGCAAGAGAAGACAGCAGCAACCUCUGAAGAUGCCUUGAGCGCGAGACCGGGUCCUCCAGCGAUCGUUGAAGGCAUUGAGGGCUGCAUUGGAAACACACCUUUGUUCCGAAUCAAAUCAUUGUCCGAUGCGACGGGGUGCGAGAUUUUGGGCAAAGCCGAAUUCCUCAAUGGAGCUGGACAAAGCUCCAAGGACCGCGUGGCGCUGAGUAUGAUCCAAAUAGCCGAAGAACACGGUAUCCUGAGACCUCAUUCAGGAGACACGAUUUAUGAGGGCACUUCCGGCUCUACAGGGAUCUCCUUGGCUACCUUGGCCCGUGCGAAAGGCUAUCUCGCGCACAUUUGUAUGCCAUCAGACCAAGCGAUAGAGAAAUCCAACCUCCUCCUCAAAUUAGGCGCCAUCGUCGACCGCGUACCACCCGCACCCAUAGUGGAGAAGGACAACUUUGUGAACCGCGCGCGAGCUCUUGCGCAAGCGCAAACCGCAUCGAACACAGACGGAAGAGGUUUCUUUGCCGACCAAUUCGAGAACGAGUCCAACUGGCGGGCACAUUUCAGUGGCACGGGCCCUGAAAUCUAUGCGCAAUGCGAGGGGAAACUGGAUGCUUUCGUGGCGGGCGCUGGGACUGGGGGUACCAUCUCUGGUGUGGCACUCUUCCUGAAGCCAAAGAUACCGAACUUGCAUGUGGUACUGGCCGACCCUCAGGGAAGUGGCCUGUACAAUAGGGUUCGUUUUGGCGUCAUGUUCGACUACAAGGAGAAGGAAGGCACUAGACGACGGAGACAGGUCGAUACUAUUGUUGAAGGAAUUGGGAUCAAUCGUGUGACGGCGAACUUUGAGGCUGGGAAGGAGCUGGUUAAUGACGCAGUCAGAGUGACGGACGCUCAAGCUUUGGCUAUGGCUAGGUGGCUUGUGGAGAAGGACGGCAUAUUCAUCGGCAGUAGCAGUGCCGUGAACUGCUUCGCGGCAGUGAAGACGGCAAUGAAGUUGGGACCCGGUCACAGGAUUGUGACAGUGCUGUCUGAUUCGGGUUCGAGGCAUCUUUCUAGGUUCUGGGCCAAAGCCGGAGAUGUUGGUGGCGCCGUGGAUACAAAGCUGGAGGAUGUUUUGAACGCGAAGGAAGAGGAAUAUUAGAAGCUACGAUUCAGUGCGGACAGCAUGGGGUUCGUCACAGGCAAAGAAAGACAAGGCAAGAGAAAAGGUAUCAUUAAUGGGCCUCCGGGAAGAUCCCCGGCCAGGGGCGACAAAGCCCAAACAUGCUAUUCCCGCUAUGCAUGAUGCUG